CUCGUUCCUCCUCCUCAAGACCCUUCAAAACAUUCUGAAGUAACUAUGGCCCGGGGACCAAAAAAGCAUUUGAAGCGUCUUUCAGCACCCUCAUCAUGGAUGUUGGACAAGCUCAGUGGGACUUAUGCUCCCCGUCCUUCGCCUGGUCCCCACAGGCUUCGCGAAUCCCUUCCUCUUACCGUCUUCCUCCGCAACCGUCUAAAGUAUGCUCUGACCGGUCGUGAAGUUACUGCUAUCGUCAUGCAGCGUCUCAUCAAAAUUGACGGAAAAGUGCGUACCGAUGCCACCUACCCUGCUGGAUUCCAGGAUGUCAUUUCCAUUGAGAAGUCUGGCGAGUACUUCCGUCUGCUCUACGACGUCAAGGGCCGUUUCACGAUUCAUCGCAUCACCCCCGAGGAGGCCAGCUACAAGCUCCUCAAGGUUCGCAAGGUUGCUUUCGGUGCCCGUGGUAUCCCUCAUGUCGUCACCCACGACGGCCGAACUAUCAGGUAUCCCGAUCCCCACAUCAAGGUCAACGACACCAUCAAGUUCGACCUUGAGCAGAACAAAAUCGUUGACUUUGUCAAGUUUGACACCGGCAACAUUGUUAUGGUGACGGGUGGUCGUAACAUGGGUCGCGUUGGUGUUAUCGUGCACAGAGAGAAGCACGUUGGAGGAUUUGAUAUUGUCCACGUCAAAGAUUCCUUGGACCGAACAUUCGCUACCCGGGUGUCUAACAUUUUCGUCAUCGGUGAGAGCACCAAGCCCUGGAUAUCACUGCCUAAGGGUAAGGGUGUCAAGCUCACUAUAUCUGAGGAGCGUGACGUCAGGCGAAAACGGGCUGCUGAGUAAAUGUUCCCCAUGUGCUAUGUUGUGUCUAUAUGACCUCCUACUUUCGCAUCCAAUUUAUGUCAUGCAACCCAUGGUCAGUAUCCCAGAUGUUGCGACUUUGUAAGACAGGCAAAACCAAUAUACGAUAUUUUACCAGUAAUCGGGCUGCCGAUAUUCCACCACGUAAUCUUUACCUUUCUUCUUCCUUUCUGCUUCCCACUUCUGCACCCAUUUUGUCAUUUUCUGCCGCGAAUUCUCACUGCCUAUAUUAACAGUGGCUAUCAUUUUGGUCCAUUGAAAUGACAUGGCAAAACAUGUCAACUCAGAGAAGCUGGAAUGCUCUGAGUAUGGGACCAUAUAUAGCUGUAAUGUACUGGU